AUGGCGAGCCGCUUCGUCGUUUUUCUCGCGCUCUGCGCUGCCGUCGCCGCUAUCACCAGGUAACUGGGCUGAAGGAAAAGCUCGUAUCUUUUUUUUGCAUCAUUUUAGUUACUGAAAAUCCAUUUAAGCAGACAAUAAAUGAAGCCUGCGGUUGAGAACUUUUCGGUCGGAAUAAACUUUUUAGUAUCAGAUAAUACCCUUGAAGUUCAUAUUUCUUCAGUCAACAAGUUUUUGAAGGAGAAACUUUUUGGUCAAUGACUAUUUGAAUCCUUUGAAGCAGGCCUUCUAAGGCUUUCAAAUUCUUUCCUUCAAAAAUUAAAAAGUUGUGAAAUCUGAAAUUUUGAGAACACUUAUCUGCCUCACCAAGAAACAUUCUGGACGAAAUUUCAAUAGUUCAAAUUACAAAAUUUCUGAAACUUUCAAUUUCUUCAAAGUCAUCUGAAACAAGUUCAAAACUUCACAAUCAGUGAAAAAAAAGUUGUUUUCGACUUCGUCAAAACUUUUUCACCUGACCGAAAAAAAGCUUCCAGAAAGAACUAGAAGCUCCUAUUUUUUUAUCGCCAUAGUUCUUAUCAUUUUUUUAUCAUCAAAAAAGAUGACAAUAACUUUAUCUAUUUCCUUGCUUCUGUGAUUUGGAGGCAUUGAUUGUAUUUCAGGAGUCAACUGAUAUUUUUUCAGAGUUCCAUUGACGAAGGUGACCCAUACCCGUGAGCAGUACAAGUUCAAGGCUAUUGGAGAACAUCUGAAGAAGAAGUACAUUCCUGACUACAUUCCCAACAACGAUGCCUUCAACGAGGGUCUUUCCGACUACUCCAAUGUUCGAUCGUUUUUACUAGCUUCAAUGGAACUUUCGAUUCAGGCUCAAUACUACGGACCCAUCACCAUCGGAACUCCUCCUCAAAACUUCCAAGUUUUGUUCGAUACUGGAUCUUCCAACUUGUGGGUCCCUUGCGCUAACUGCCCCUUCGGCGAUAUCGCUUGCCAACUUCACACCAAGGUACUUUUGGUUUUUUUUUUCCGAACUAAAACAAUAGAUCGUUUUAAGUACAACUGCCAAAAGUCGUCGACCUGCACGGCUACCGGAGCGCCUUUCGAGAUUCAGUACGGAUCUGGAUCCAUGAAGGGUGUCGUCGACAACGACGUUGUUUGCGUGAGUUUUAUUUUGAAAAAACGUUGAUUUUGAAAAAAUUGUUUUGAAAAGCUUCAUUCUUUCCGCCAAAAGCCUAGUGUAGGCUUUUAGAACAAAAAAUCUUCGAUGAAUCUGAAAAAAAAGUAAUAUACAGCUUUUUUCAUCGGAAUAAACAAGAUCCCAAAUCAUACCUGCUUGAAGUUUGGUUUCAGUUCUCGCACGACAAAACCUGGUGCACUGACAAGACCCAAGGAUUCGCCUGCGCCACCGCUGAGCCUGGACUCGCCUUCGUCGGAGCCAAAUUCGAUGGUGUCCUCGGAAUGGGCUGGGAUCGUAUCUCCGUCAACAACAUUUCCCAGCCAAUGGACCAGAUCUUCGCCAACUCGGUAGAAAUAGCACAUUUGAUGAUGCAAAUUUCAACUUUUGUAGGCUAUCUGCCCACAGCCUCUUUUCGCUUUCUGGCUGAGCCGUGACGCCAAUGACGUCGCCAACGGCGGAGAAAUGACACUUUGCGGAACUGACAGCGCUCACUACCAGGUAGAGUCGCUGCAGACAAAGUUUUCACAAAAUAGUCCCAAAAAGGCUGGCUAUAAUAUACACGCUUCUAUGUUAUCUGAAAUGUUGAGAUGAGGGGAUGCAAUCACCUUUAUUUAAUUUUGAAGCUGAAAUAUGCCAUAAAAUUUGCGAUAAAUGAACUGGAACCCUACAUAAACAGUUUUGUACCAUGUUUUGAAUGAUAAAAAUUUGUUUAUCAACUGAAAUCAUGUUCUUUUCAAAGUUUUGCCUGUUAUUCUUAUCAGAAAAAACAGAAUUUCUAAAACUAGUUCAUUUUAAUUUUUUCACAUCAACUUGACCCGUAAUGAAACCGUGAAUAGCUCAUUUUUUCCAGGGAGAUAUCGCCUGGGAGCCGCUCGUUUCUGAAGACUACUGGCGCAUCAAGCUCAGCUCUGUCAAAAUCGACGGGACCGAGUACACCAACGGUCCAGUUGACUCCAUCGUCGACACCGGAACAUCUCUUCUCACCGGACCUUCUGAUGAAAUCAAGAAGGUUCCAGCAGAAAAAUCUUUUUCGGAAAAUGCAUCUUGUUCUCUCAGAUCCAAAAGAAGAUUGGAGCCAUUCCCAUCAUCAACGGCGAAUACGAAGUGAUUUGCAGUCACGUUCCUAAGCUCCCCAACAUCACCUUCAACCUCGGUGGACAGGACUUCGUCCUCCAAGGAAAGGACUACAUUCUUCAGGUACUUUUCCGGAAGAAUCAACCAAUAAAUAAGGUCUGUUCAGCUCUCCAACGGACAAGGAGCUCCAACUUGCCUCUCUGGAUUCAUGGGACUCGACAUCCCCGCUCCUAACGGUAAGAUUUAUCCAAAAGCGUCAAAAAUGUUCGGAAAUUCUGUAGGACCUCUCUGGAUCCUUGGAGACGUUUUCAUCGGUCGCUUCUACUCCGUUUUCGACAAUGGAAACAAGCGAGUUGGUUUCGCCAACGCCGCCAAGAAGGCCUAA